AUGGAUGGUGUUGCUGCUGACCCUCCUUGCCACCCGCAAGCAUGUGCUAUUCAAGGUAAACUUGGCCUGGUCAAGCGAGAGAAAAGUAUGGGGAUACAGGCUAAUCUCAGCAUUGAAGCAUGCUUGACGUCAAACUCAUAUAAUGAGGCCAAAUGUCGAAACCAGAUCAUCCAGCUAUACAAGUGCUGCAAUGCCCUCUACACGCAAAAAGGAGAAAACGCAAAAACCCCGAGCUGCCCUAAGCCUGCCUUAUUAAAGGUGAAGUUGAAGCAAAUUGAAAACGGUGACAUCUGA